UUGAGUACUUCAUGAAGAGACCCGUCGCUACAAUAUCGGCAACAAUUUUUUGUACGGUCACGAUACGCCUGCACCCCGCGACUAUCAAUAUUCAAGAAUAGUAUGAGCUCGGGGUUGUGCACAUGUGCAGUCCGUGUUAUCGCCAAAAAUUAAAAUUUCUUAUAUAGAGGUUAUUACUUUAAAUGUAAACGACUGAACGUAGAGUCGUAUAUCAUGAAUUAAAAAUAACGUAUCUUAAUUCGUGUUAUACACUGCAAUAGUCCAUAAUAUCGCCCGGAAGAACGAUGACGAAUGAGAAACGAACUCUACAAAAUUGUUUUCGAAAGAUGGCCCACUGCCCCUCGCGUACCUCCACUUAACCCAAGUCAAGAACUCUCGCCGUCAUUAUUCGAUCUGCGUCAUUUUCUUUUUGUUUCACCCAGUCCAGUCUCUUCUUCUUGUAGUACCUACUCUGGUUAAACACGUACAACUGUCGUCAUAAAUCUUCCGGCGUUCCGACGUCGAUGAUAUCGAGUUUCGAGCCUGCCAACAGUGUCGACCUGUCCGAGAAUGUGCGACUCAAUCUCUUAUGUGGGUUUAAGUCGUUUGAUUUAGACACACCCCUCGUGCUCAGUGGUCGCUAUUGAUUUUUUACGAGGCAAGUGCUACAAGUUUUGUACCUUAGAACAACACGUGAAUUUAAUUAAUUUUUCCAAGGCACGAAAGGUAUAUUAAAAGAUAACUGUAUUAUAAUGUGUUUCAACACAAAAUGGGAUGUUGAUCAACAUAUGACUAAAUUUGAAAAUGCAGAACAUUGGAAAUUUAGACGUGCUUUUUUGAUUGCCAACAAAAAUAAAUACCCUGAAGAUCGAUUAGAGACUUUAUCUCGUAUGUUUAUUUUUAUUGAAUUUAUGGAAUGCAAGUAUCCAAAACCAACCAUGGAUUUUAUUCACAACCUAUCUAAAAGUUUUGUUAAUGAUUUGAAAGAAAAAUUGCAUGAAAAUAUACAGGAUAUUAACAUGACAGAUUCAAAUACUGCUAAAGAUUAUGAAAAUGCUCAAGCCAUUACAUCAGACUUAAAUAUCAAUCAACCUCCUAACAAAAACAUGAGAUAUACAACACCAUAUGAUUCUAACUGUUUAAUACCAGGUUUUAUGUUAAAGGUCGUAAAUGGUGCAAAUGUUUAUGAUAUUCUUGAACAAUCAUGCAGAUUUAGCAAAACAACAAAACCAGAAAUAGUAUAUGAAGGAUUAAAUGUUGAUUAUAUACAAGCUAAAUUGUACAUACAUAAAAAAUUGAUAGCAGUUGCUGCGGGAUCAACGAUAAAACAUGCUCGUAAGAGUGUAGCAGUUAUUGCUUAUGACAUUUUGAAAGAAAUGUGCUUUACUAUUAAGGUGAAAGAAAUUGAUACACAAUCUCAAAUUUCAUUGGCAGAUAUGAAUAAUUUAAAAGAGUCUCCAAAUUGUUCAACAAAUUAUACUCCAAAUUGUUCAACGAAUUAUAAAAAUAUAUCAGACAACAAUCUUGGUAAUAUGAUUUUGAAAAAUAUGGGUUGGAAAGAAGGUGAUGGGUUAGGAAAAAAUAACCAAGGAAUUAAAUCACCAAUAGAAGUUGUUCAACUUAAAAAAAGAGUUGGAUUAGGUGUUACGCCAUCACGUGAAACUGCAAAAAUGAACUUAAAUAAAUUUCAAACAGAAGUUAAGGAAUACAUAAUGAGAUUUUCUAGCGGUCCAAAAACAAAACUUUCAUUUACAACAGAGUUUACAAAGGAUGAGCGUAAAAUUAUUCACAAGAUUUGUACACACCUUGACUUAAAGACUAAAAGUUAUGGAAAAAAUGAAAACAGGCGAAUUGUGAUACAGAAAAAACAAUCUCCUCGGGAAAUUUUUUAUGAACUCGUUAAUUCUGUUAACUUUGAAAAUGAUUGUUACAAGUUAGAACUGCCACGGCAUGAAAGUACAUUUUCAUGUGAAGUAAUAUAAUGAAAUUAUAAACCAAUUUUUUUUUUUAACAAUUAAAAUAACUGAUAAUUUAUUUAAUCGACAUUAUUGAAGUUAUUAGUUUUUUAUUUUAUUUAAGAAACAUGCAUUUAUAAUUUUUUUUUUAUCAAUAUUAUUCAUAAUUUAAUUUUCUUAGCUAUAGAAUAUACCUAAUUUUUAACUUCAGUACAUUAUUAAUUGUAUUUUUUUCAUGACUAAACUGAGUUAAUUUGCCACCUUUAUGGCCUUAACCUUGUUUAAUGUUUGAAUCGGAGACAUAUUUACACUUUUUGCGCCCAGGGUCAACCAUAUUUCAAUAUUUGUUCACUACCCCCCUACCCACCACUAUAUAAAUCCCCAUUUUAAUUUUUUUAGUUAUAUUUGACUAAUUUGUCAAUUACACAGAUAAUGGUAUUAAUUUUUCUUAAACUUAUUAAAAUGUAUAACAUUAUAUUAUACUAAAAUAAUUUUAAAAAAACCAAUAAAAUACAUGUUUAUAAUUUUUUCCUUAAUUAUUUAUUAGCAAAAUCAAAACUAUCAAUCUUCUAAGGUUGUAUUGUUUCUGUGUUAUUAUCACUAAGUCUUAGAAGGUAUUGUCAGACAACUUACCAAAAAUCAAGAAGUCCAAAUAGUAGGUACUUAAACAAGUUCUUAAUGUAAAAAAAAUGUAUUAAUAUAAUGUUAUACUGUACUUUAGCAAUGUCUGACCGACCUGGGUAAAUUUCCUCGUUCCUCCC